AAAUCAGAAAAAUAGGAGCCAGCGAGUGUUGGAGUCGGUUUCUUCAAGUAUAGAGUACGACGAAACAAAGACGAGCCCUAUUGCCCUAUUUUUUUCUUUCUUUCUUUCCCUCUUCUCUCUGUCUUCUCUCAUUUUAAUUUUUUUUUGGGUUUUCUAUUCGGUUCGCAGAUAUAUCUUUUUUUUUUAUUACCCUUUUUCUUCGUUCGCUUUUCGUUUUCGCGUCUUCAAAAACCAGCCACGCGCCACUGUUGCUAAGAUUUUCACAGCAACGCUCUUUUUGUUAUUUUGUUUUUCUUCCUUUCUUCUUUGCCCCGGACUCCGCUUCCGGGUCGGGUCGUGCCCGUUUUAACUACCGUCAUGGGCGAUCUUCAUGUGAACGGCGUCGUUUUCGGGGAGGAUCGCCCCUGCGCGUCCUCGCCGCCGUCGCCGCCGCUUCCGUCUUCGAAUCCCGAUCCGUCCUCCAUCGCGCCGGAUGCCUGGGCGGCGGCCGAGAAAACCACCAGCGAGAUUCUCCGCCGCAUACAGCCAACGCUCGCCGCCGACCGCAGGCGGAGGGAGGUCGUCGAUUACGUCCAGAGACUCAUUCGGUACGGCGCGCGCUGCGAGGUUUUUCCAUAUGGGUCAGUUCCAUUAAAAACAUAUCUUCCAGAUGGAGAUAUUGAUUUGACCGCACUCAGUUGUCAAAACAUUGAGGAUGGCUUGGUAUCUGAUGUUCGUGCUGUCCUUCAUGGAGAGGAAGUCAAUGAAGCUGCUGAAUAUGAAGUAAAGGAUGUUCGUUUCAUUGAUGCAGAGGUUAAGCUUGUUAAAUGCAUUGUACAGGAUAUUGUUGUAGACAUCUCUUUCAAUCAGUUAGGAGGACUCAGUACAUUAUGUUUUCUUGAAAAGAUUGAUCGACUUGUUGCCAAGGAUCAUCUCUUCAAACGAAGUAUCAUCCGGAUUAAAGCUUGGUGCUAUUAUGAGAGCCGUGUACUGGGUGCCCAUCAUGGUCUGAUUUCAACAUAUGCUUUGGAAACACUGGUUCUGUAUAUUUUCCAUCAGUUUCAUGUAUCCUUAGAUGGUCCUCUAGCAGUUCUCUACAGAUUUUUGGACUACUUCAGUAAAUUCGAUUGGGACAAUUAUUGUGUCAGUUUGAAGGGACCAGUUAGCAAAUCUUCUCUGCCUAAUGUAGUAGCUGAGGUGCCUGAAAAUGGAGGGAAUACUCUACUGACUGAAGAAUUCAUUAGAAGCUGUGUGGAAUCAUUCUCAGUACCUUCAAGGGGCUCUGAUUUAAAUUUGCGUGCAUUUCCCCAGAAACAUCUUAACAUCAUUGAUCCAUUGAAGGAAAACAAUAAUCUUGGCCGCAGUGUCAAUAAAGGUAAUUUCUUUCGAAUACGCAGUGCUUUUAAGUAUGGUGCCCGUAAACUUGGCUGGAUUCUUAUGUUACCCGAAGAUAGAAUAGCAGAUGAGCUUAUUAGGUUCUUUGCAAACACUCUGGAAAGGCAUGGAAGCACUCAGGGAAAUGUAGACAAGUCAUUUUUGAGCUUAUCUACUGCAUCCAAAAAGGACUGGAAACCUGGAAAUCAACAUAAUUAUGAAAGCAGAGAGGAAAGAGAAAGAUAUAUAGUACAGGAUGUCCCCUCUUUGGCAGGGGAGUUCUUUGACUCCUCUGGGAAUAGAAAUGCAGUUGCAAGUUUUAAACUUAGUGAAGAUUCUAAGGAUGUUGCAACAUCUGGAGUCUUGGAUAUUGCAACAUCUGGAGUCUUGGAUAUUGCAAGCACUAAUGGUUUGUCAAAUGGGCAAUUAGAAAAUAGUAUUUCUAGUAGCGAACCUGAUCUAAAUUCUGUUAUUGAUGAUGAAAAAGAGAAGCAAGGUUUGGUGAACAAUUCUCCCAGAUUGCAUGCUGAUGAGAAGAUUAUGGCUUCUUUUGGUUCGGCUGUUUCAACAGAUGCUAAUAUCCUUGAAAAUCAUUUCUUUCAUAGUGAUAGAUACGCUACUAGUGUUUCUGUGGGUACUGAAGCUACAAAAUCAUUGUUGGACCUUGCUGGGGAUUAUGACAGUCACAUUGGGAACUUACAAUAUGGUCAGAUGUGUAAUGGUUAUGCUGUCUGUCCUGUUGUGGUGCCUAGUCCUCCUAGGUCUCCAAAGUUUCCGAAUAGGAACCCAUGGGAAACUGUUCGUCAAUGUGUACAGAUUAAUCACAGUAUUCGUUCUCAGACAAACUCAAACUGUGUAAUGGGACAACAGGUUUAUGUCAUAAAUCCUACUCUGCCAAUGACUUCUUUUGGUUCAGAAGAGAAGAGAAAAGUACGGGGAACAGGCGCAUACUUCCCUAAUAUGAGUUCGCGUCCAUACAGGGAUAAUAGGCCAAUGCCAGGAAGGGGAAGGGGUCAAGCACCGGGUACUUAUGGGCAUCUGCAGAGACACACCCGUAACAAUGGCUUGGCCCUAGCUCCACAAGAGAUGAAUUUGUCUGCAGAAGGUACUUUUGAACAUGCUCUAGAAGGAUAUCCUGCUCUUGGUAGUACUAAAACCAGAUCAUCUGAAACCUAUUUCCCUCAACCUUCUACAUGGGGAUCACAUUAUGCUAAUGGUUUCCUUCACUCAUCUGAGAAACACGAAUCUGGAUCUGUGAGCCCUCAGCUUCGUGUAGCCCCAAGAACUGAAACGACGAAUUACCCAGACUCUGCUACUUCUGGGGGCACUGUGCCUAACAUUGGGGUGGUGACAGAGGAGAGGUCUAAUUCAUUGUCUGUAAUUGAUUCCAAAAGGAUUGAAGAUCAGGCUUAUCAUUUGAAGAAUGAAGAUGACUUUCCUCCACUUUCCCACUGAGUGCCAGUGAAGGAUGGUGAAUAUGUAAUAGCAUUAACAGUAAUGGUCAAUACAUGGAGUCUAUUAUGACUUGCCUACCUUUCAGCAGGUGCUACCAAAGGAUGGCGUUUUUGUAAGAAGUAAGAAGUAAGAUCAAUGUGCAUUCGUCUCAAAAAUGAAGAUAGCUUCCCUCGACUCUGGGUCUCUUAAAGAGAUCGGUGAACACAUAGAAAUGAGAGUACCAAAUAAGUAGAAUACUGCUGGGUGUAGUCUUAGAAACUAACGAACUAGACUAAACUAGAAUGAGUGUUAUGUUUUCCUUCUCUCUUUUCUUACUUCAGUUGGUCCUUUGUACAAAAGUGCAUGUAUAUUCUGGUUACUUUUUUUUGUCUCUUUCUCUUAUAUCCGUUUUUAUUUUUCAUUAUUUAGGGAUGUAUAUAUCAGGUGAUUUCCUGAGGUUGAGUUUAUAGUUCUGUUCUGUUGUUUGUAGCUUUGAAGUGUAAAACACAAAGUUUAGAUAUCUUACUGGAAUGGAUACCCAAAAUUUUCUGUCA